CGCAAGACUCGUCACGACCCGCCCGCCAAGUCCAAGGUCGGGCGCGUGGCGACGCCGCCCGCCGUGGACCCUGCGGAGUUCUUCGUGCUGAUGGAGCGCUACCAGCAGUACCGCCUGACCGUGCGCGCCCUCAGGCAGCAGUUCGUGUCCGAGGUGCGGAAGAAGUUGCACGAGGCCCGAGUCGGGGUCCUGGCGGAGCGCAAGGCCCUGCAAGACGCCGCCGAGCAUCAGGAACUGAUGGCCUGGAACCAGGCAGAGAACCGGCGGCUGCACGAGCUGCGGUGCGUGGGGCAGGAGGCGGGAGGCGGGGAGGAGGCAAAAAACUUCAUCACCCGAGAGAACCUGGAGGCACGGGUGGAAGAAGCACUGGACUCCCCCCCAAAGAACUACAACUGGGCCAUCACCCGAGAGGGGCUGGUGGUCAGGCCACAGCACAGAAGCCCCUAGGGGUCCCACUGGACAGUGCUGCCUCAGGGACCGUGUGUGUAUGGGGGAAGGGCUGGGCCCAAUGUGGAAUGAAGCCGUUGGUGUUUCUUGUGAGGAGGGCUCGGCCUUUCUAGUUAGGCCUCUGCACUCACCGUUUGCUCAGAAACUCCAAACACAGUGCCCUGCUCUGCCCCUGUGCACGGUUUCAGCACAGCACCAGUGUCUGGAGUGGUUUCCAUCUCAGAGGAUUAGACUGGGUCGCAGACCCCUUGGACAGCCAGCAUCUCUCGAGCAUCAUCGAGGACAGUGAUUGGCAAGUUAUAAUCCAUGGGCUAAAUGUAAAUGUGGCCCACUACCUGUUUUUGUAAAUAAAGUUUUAUUGGAACAUCGC